UUUCUCCUUCCGGGGGGGGACUUCCUGUCUGUCUUUGACAAGCGCGGAGCGGCAGAGCUGGUGAUCGGAUCGCCUAGGAGGGCUCCGCCCCCAGCGUCCCGUGGCCAUGACAACCGCCCCGGGAGACUCCUUGUUGUGGAAGCUCGCGGGGCUGCUGCGGGAGUCCGGGGAUGUGGUCCUGUCUGGCUGUAGCACACUGAGCCUGCUGACUGCCACACUGCAGCAGCUGAACCACGUAUUUGAGCUGUACCUGGGGCCAUGGGGCCCUGGCCAGACAGGCUUUGUGGCUCUGCCCUCCCACCCCACCGACUCCCCUGUCAUCCUCCAGCUUCAGUUCCUCUUCGAUGUGCUGCAGAAAACGCUUUCACUCAAGCUGGUUCAUGUCCCUGGUCCUGGCCUCCCAGGGCCCAUCAAGAUUUUUCCCUUCAAGUCCCUUCGGCAGCUGGAGCUCCGAGGUGUCCCUGUCCACUGCCUUUAUGGCCUCCGUGGCAUCUAUUCCCAGCUGGAGACCCUGAUUUGCAGCAGGAGCAUCCAGACAUUAGAGGAGCUCCUCUCAGCCUGCGGUGGCGACCUCUGCUCUGCCCUGCCCUGGCUGGCUCUGCUUUCUGCCGACUUCAGCUACAAUGCACUGACUGCCUUAGACAGCUCCCUGCGCCUCUUGUCAGCUCUGCGUCUCUUGAACCUGAGCCACAAUCAACUCCAGGACUGCAAGGACUUCCUGAUGGACUUGUCUGAGCUCUACCAUCUGGAUAUCUCCUAUAACCACCUGUGUUUGGUGCCGAGAAUGGGACCCUUAGGAGCUACUCUGGGGACCCUGAUACUGAGAGGCAAUGAACUCCAGGGCCUGCACGGCCUGGAGCAGCUGAGGAACUUGCGGCACCUAGAUGUGGCAUACAACCUGUUGGAAGAACACAGGGCGCUGUCACCACUGUGGAUGCUGGCUGAGCUUCGCAAGCUGUACCUGGAGGGAAACCCUUUGUGGUUCCACCCUGAGCACCGAGCAGCCACCGCCCAGUACUUGUCGCCCCGAGCCAAGGAUGCUGCUUCUGGCUUCCUUCUUGAUGGAAAGGUCUUGUCACUGACUGAUUUUCAGACCUCAACAUCCUCAGAGGCCCUACCUCAGUCCUGGCUGGUGGGGAGUACCACUGAAACCUCUGGUGGCGCUGACUUGAGUGACAGCCUCUCCUCAGGGGGCACUGUGGUCCAGCCCCCAAUUCGUAAGGUUAAGAGCCGAGUUCGUGUGAGGCGGGCAAGUAUCUCCGAGCCCAGUGACACGGACCCAGAGCCCCGGACUCAGGACCCCUCCCCAGCUGGAUGGUUUGUACAGCAGCAUCGGGAACUUGAACUCAUGAACAGCUUCCGGGAACAGUUUGGCCGCGACUGGCUGCAGUAUAGGAAUCACCUGGAGACCUCUGGGAUCCCCAGCCUGGCUACCUCCAAGAUCCCUGCACUUGGCGCACUGUCCCCGGACACCCUGAGCCCUGAGACUGUGCCCAGCCCUUCCCCCCCAGAAAAGGAGUCAUCACAGGAAAUGGCAGAGGAGGUCAUUGUGGGGCCAGAGCCACAGGAAGAAGAGGAGAUGGAGAAAGAGGAGAUGGAGGAGCCAGGAAAAGAGCAGGAACAGGAGCAGCAGAAUGAAGUGGAAGAGGAGCUCUGUCGCCCCAUGUUGGUGUGUCCCUUGGAGGGGCCUCAGGGCGUGCGGGGCAAGGAGCGCUUUCUCCGGGUCACUUCUGGCCACCUGUGUGAGGUGGAACUCCAAGCAGCUCGAACCCUGGAACGGCUUGAGCUCCAGAGUCUGGAGGCAGUUGAAAUAGAGGCUGAGACCCCAGCCCAGAGGGAACCACUGCCGGAGGGCUCGGAGCUGCCCCCCAUGGCCCCUGUCCUUGCUCUGCGCUUCUCUUAUAUUUGCCCAGACCGGCACUCGCGUCGCUAUGUGGUGCUGGAGCCUGAUGCCCAAGCAGCUGUCCAGGAGCUGCUUGCUGUGUUGACCCCAGCAGCCACCAAGGCUCAUAAUCAGCUGGGGGAAACAAGAGACCAGCUGGCAGGCAGACUCCAGUGUCUACGUUGUGGCCACGAUUUCAAGCCUGGGGAAACUAGGUUGGGACUAGACAGUGUGGAGGGCUGGAGGCCUCUGUGCCAAAAUACAGAACCUCCUGCUGUGUGUCCAAACUGUGGUAGUGACCAUGUGGUUCUCCUGGCUCUGACCGUGGGAGCCCCCAGUGGGGAGCAGAGACAGGAAGAGCAGUUGCCAGCUUCCUCGCAGUCCCCCAGCAGUGUCCAUGAUGACUCUCCUGGUGACAGUGACCACAGCACCAAGGCUGACAGUACCCCAUCUCAGGCACUGGGCUCCCAGGACCGCCACAGGUGGAGCCUCAGUCCCCCCCCUGAGCGCCAUGGCCUCCGCUCUGUGGAUCACCGUCUCCGGCUCUUCCUGGAUGUUGAGGUGUUCAUCGAUGCCCAGGAGGAGUUCCAGUGCUGCACCAAGGUGCCACUGGUGUUGGCAGGCCACCCUGGGGAGUGUCUGUGUCUUGUGGUUGUGUCUGACCACAGGCUUUAUGUGUUGAAGGUGACAGGGGAGAUCUGUGGGCCUCCAGCUAGCUGGUUGCAGCCAACCCUGGCCAUUCCCCUGCAGGACCUGAGUCGCAUAGAGCUGGGCCUAGCAAGACAGAGCCUGCGCCUGGAGUGGGCAGCUGGGGCAGCCAGCUGUGUCCUGCUGCCUCGAGAUGCCAAGCAUUGCCAGGCCUUCCUAGAGGAGCUCACUGAUGUCUUGCAGUCUCUGCCCCCAACCUGGAGGAGCAGCGUCAGAGCCACGGAGGAGGAGGUGACCCCAGAGCACCGACUCUGGCCACUGCUGGAAAGAGACUCUGCCUCGGAGGCUUCCCUGUUCUUCUACCUUCAGGUGUUCCUGGUUGAAGGCCCUGCAACCUGUCCUGUGUCCCUGUUGCUGACGCUGAACACCUUGUACCUGUUAGAUGAGGACCUUGUAGGGUCCCAGGCGCAAAGCCCUCUUCCAGCAGCGUCUGGUGAAGCCUCUGAGAAGGCCCUGCCCUUGGGGCCAGGCCCUUCCUUAUGUGUCAGGGAGCAGCAGCCAUUCAGCAGCUUGAGCUCAGUGCUGCUCUAUCGCACAGCCCCGGAGGACCUGCGGCUGGUUUUCUACGAUGAGGUGUCCCGGCUUGAGAGUUUUUGGGCACUCCGUGUUGUGUGUCCGGAGCAGCUGACGGCCCUGCUGGCCUGGAUCCGGGAGCCCUGGGAGCAGUUGUUUUCCAUCGGACUCCGAACUGUGACUCAAGAGACUCUAGACCUUGACCUGUGAAGUCUCUGUGUUGACCCCACCCUGGCCUUAGGGGCUAUGGCCGCAGAUGUUCUCUUUCCAGGCUCUGGCUGUGGACUUCCCAGCCUUUGGGUGCUGGCCAGUGAGGCCCCAAAUGAUCCAUGGCUCAAGGGAAGGACGAGAGAAAAGGUCAGGCCUCUGGGUGACCUGGCCUGAGGAGACAGACUGAGUGGCCAGUAGGAAUGUUUCUCCUGCACUUUUCUCAGGUAUCAGUAAAGCUGUUUUCAUUCUAGAUGUCAUGGGUGUAUUUAGACACGUCACUCGUCACUCGUGAGGCCUGUGGUUGUUCUACCUCUUGUAACAGGAACUGCUCCGCCCACUGAGGAGCCUUGUUUGUAGAUGAGACCCUGUCUCCACCCCUACUCUGCCCCACUGAUGGGAUCAAGUUGGACUCCUGACCCCUGGGCACCAGUCCUUAGCCCCCAACACCUGCCAUGUGGCCCAGCAUGAAAACCAUUGCCUAACAAAUAGCCAGGAGGGCCAGUUAGAUUCUCACUGUCCUGUUGCAUUUGGGAACUAAUGAGGACCUGAGGCCAUUGGCAGUGGGGGCUGAAUGUGAGAGGGUGACUGGAGAGAUGGUAUGUGAGGUUGGAGUUGGUAUCUGGUGGAUUCUGCUCUUGCCUUCUCUCAGCACUGCCUCACUCCGCUGGGGGCAAGUGGGGUUGAGCCCACGCCUUCACCUCUGUCUCAUGGCUAGGGUGAUUGGUUCAGGAAUGCUUAUGUAGCCCCUUUGGCCUGCCAACACCCAGUCCUGGCCUUUUGCUGGAGCAAUCAAGAAGGAAGCAAGUUUCCCCAUGAGGGUUGCUGAGAGGAUAAGCCUGCAGCUGCUGGCCUGAGGGGAAAGCUUUCCUGGAACUGGAACUUGCAGAGAGAAGAGAGCUAAGAGGUGGAGUAAGCAGGGGUAGGCCCUGGAGGUGUCUUUGGAAUCCCUUGGUCCAACUGUGCCUGGAGGCAAAUAGCCCUGGAAUUUUAGGUGAUGUGAGCUAAGGGAGACCCCUCCUUUUGUCUUUUAGGCUUAAGCUGAUUGGAGCCAUAUAGGAGCCACUGAAAAUGACCUAACUCCAUGAACCCCCGUUCUGACUCGAACUGUCUUAGUAGGGAUCUGCUUGUAUCCAAGAAUGUGCACUGUGGAGUAGUGGCACCCACAUAUUUGUGUAGACAGGCCUUGCCCUGUUAAGAGGGCUCUGUCUGAGUGUGUGUGUGUGGUUUUGAGUACUAACGGACGAUCCGGAUCUCAUCUAUGGAGUAUUUACAUGCCAGGUGCUGAGCUAAGUGCUUGGCAGUCUGCUCUUCACAGGAGUCCUGGGAGGUGGGUGGCAUCUUGUUACAGGUGAGGAAACUGAACCUUAGUGGAGUUAAAUGACUUGCUCAAGAUCACGCCAAUAAAUGGAGGAGACGUGAUGAGUUUAGGCUUAUAUAACUUCAAAGCUGGGGCUGUAAGCCAGCAAAUCACUGGGCAACACUGCCCCCCUUCCCUGCAGGAGAUGGGUCUGUGUGCCCAGCCCCACUCACAGGGGUGAUUGCCUACCCUUCCCUGGGUUGAGGAUCUCCUGAAUAAUACUAGACUUGUCCAGGACAGGCAGAUCCAGAUGCACUGUAUUUGAAGUCUCUCUUUCCCCUAGGGUGUCAGGUGAGAUGUUAGGUGAAAUAUUAAUUCAUGGGCCAUUCUCACCUCUUCCUUUGGAGAAAACAAAGAUUCCAGAUCUUUAGGUUUUCAGUGAAAGGGCUAAGGUGUAAAAAGAGAUUGCAAAGGGACCAUAAAUAUAUAAGAGCUCCAGGGUGGGGGAAGGGGAGAGAUUUUAGGGAAGAGCAUUAGAAGCAGUGGAGGAAUAAGUCCCUUCACACUGGAGGACUUUUAGGAUGGGGGGCUCUGUGCCUUGCUCUCUGUCAUGCUCCCCAUGCCACCGAGGCAGCCGGAGAUGGCAGUUUGGAAGGACUGGCAGGAUAGGGCUGGUGACAGUUGUCCAGAUCUCUUUUGCCUGGAGAAGGGAGGUGUCCCAGAGAAUCCAAUGGGCCCCAGAAGUCAGCGGAGAGCGUUCUGGAGAGUGUUCCAGGGCCACUUCAGAAAGAUGGGACAGGCCUAGCCCCUAAAUGGGGAUGUGACCCAAUUAGAUGUGAACUGAUUGAGUUUAAAUCACUGGGCUCAUUAUAAGGAUAAAGUUGAGUUAUAGAGAAAAAAAUUGACAUAUUUGCAUACCUGGGGACUACUACAUUUCUGGAAUUCCCAUCUGUUUUUGUUGGAAAGGUCAACAGCAAAAGAUUUAGAAGGUGUGGACCUAGAGGGCAAGGGGGUGGUUCUUUAAUAGUGGCCUUGAAGUUACUGCUUCCUCCUCAACAGGCCUUCAACUUAGGGUUCCUAGGGGAGGCAUGUGUUCUGAUAACUUGGUCAGAUCUCACUGUUAAAUUUUGUUUUGGGGAAGUCCAAGGCCCCCCCCCGGAGGGAGAUGGUUGUAAUAGGCUGGAGAAGUCUUAGAUCCCCCCGUAGCCCAGUUCCACCCUUGACCCAGCCAGCCCUCUACAAACCCUGUGGCCUGGUGGAUGGAAUCCUGUGGGAAAGAAUCUGUGCAGUGUCAGCCUCAGGCUUCAUUCACGGAGGACAGGGAGUCCUUGGAUUCCAAGGGAAAGGACUGCUGGGCCCCAGGUAGGAGAAGCCUAGAGGGUGGUUAGGCCCACACUUACCAGUUCUGCCUUUCCUGAUCCCCCUUGUGGGUCAGCAUUGUUCCUGUCCUGAGAUGCGUGCAUUACAUAUUCAUUCACACGUACACUGAAUGAUUGAGUUUAUACCUUCACUGGACAGAGAUGAAUAGGACACAGGUCCUACUGCAGAGCACAUUAAAGCUUAUGUCAGGGCAGGAGGGAUUCCCAGUGGCUCAUAAACUGCCUUCUGAAAGCAACAACAUUCCCUGGGCCAGGACUGCCAGGAGGGCCCGGGAGUCAGUAUUUAAAGCUCUCUUGAAGAUUUGUAGAGGAACACCCAUAAGUAAUGAUGAGGGUAACAAUCUAAGAGCUAGGGCUUAGAGAGCCCUUCCUAUGUUCCAUGCACUGUAUAGAGCAGCUGAUCUUCUCCAGUGUUUUCCUCUGAUCACAAGAUACGGAGCCAAUUUUCUCAAGAAAAGAGCCAUCAGUUUAUAGACAUGACCCAGACCUGGAAGGCAGGUGCUGAGGCCCCAGACACAGGGUUUCUCCUGUCUGGUGGAGCCUGAUGGGUUCUCUUUCCCAUCCCCAGCAAGGCCCUGGCUGGAGAGUAGGGAGGAGAUGAAGUGAAUCUCAGAACUGGCCAGUUGGGAAAGGCUGGCUGGGGUGAAGUCCCUCAUUGACAGGCCUGCAGAAGCGUGGAGGGGCCCAGAAAGGACUGUGCAGAGGUUCAGAAAAGAAGUUCACCUACUUCUGUUUUGCUCAGAGCUGGCCUGAAUUUUUAAUUGAAGCAAAUUAAAACUUCCCAAAAAUAUUAGUCCACUUUCCUGGCAGCGUGCACACUCCCUUACCCUUCAGUGAUUUUGCACCAUCUGCGAACAAGAGCCAGUGUGGGUCCUGAGGAAGCCUUGCCCAGCCUUUGGCCCAGAGCUGCUGUCCAUGAAGGCUGGGCCCAUUUAUUUACAAGCACUUUCCCAGAAGCCCCUUCAGGUUGUGGUCCAGAUGGGGCAGGAUCAUCUACAAGCAUUUUUAGGGUGCUUUGCAAAGUGGUGUGAGGCUGGGGCAGUUCAAAGAAGAGCUUCUUCCAUUUCUUUGUGCUUAAGGUCUCUGGGAACAUUUCUGUUUUCUUUAACAAUUCAGCACCAUCCUCUGCACCCUUUGUCCUGUGGGUGCUCUUUCGUUGGUGACCCAAAAGACAAAGAUGUUGGUGUUGCUUGCCAACUAUCACCACUCCUUGGAGUGGGUGACUUUUAGCUCUGCGCCCCUCCAGGAAAAGGCGCCAGGAUGCCCCUGCUCAGACCCUGUCACGCUCUCAGCAGAUGGGACUGCUUUGCCACUGCCACUCGUAAACAGAUGUCAGUCUUCGGGGCUUGCCUUACACACCCUGCACUGUCCCCGGAGAUCGAUUCAUUUGUUCAGCCUGGCCUUGCCCCUCCAACAAGUGCUUAUUGAUCGCCUGCCUCUGGCCUUGGGCUUGCUGGCAGUGGCGGUGGAGGGAAAGGAUUCACUCCCUGAAACUGUAUGAUGCUGUAUUUUCUGUAGGAAAGAGGUGGGAGGGGAUAACAUACAUAUUCAUGUCUAACUUCUGUUUGUGUAAAUAAAUCCUAGAGGGACAGACAGAAAGGGAUAGUGGGGGACAAAAAAGAGCACAAGGCAGAAAGGGGAGGGAAUGGUGAUUUUUAGUUGCUUUUAUAUUUUAUCUAAAAUAUUUUAAAACUCUCAAAUGUAUUAUGAUUAAAAAUUACAUUAAAAAUUUAAAAAUUUAUAUGAUACCCUAGGGGGUCAGUGGCCAAACUGAGUGGGUUCCUAUGAUUUUGGAAGGGGGGAGUGGGUCAGCUUGAAGGACCCAUCUCUCUCUCAAUGGGAGAGGGUUCAUCUUUGCUGAUGAGUCAUUUCACGUGGACUGAGGGGUAAGGUCCUUCCUACUCCUUUGCCAUAAUGCUGGGGUGGCUUCUGAGAAGACCCCGCCCAGACUGGUUGCUGCUGCUGGAAAUUCAGCCACGUUUCUCUGUGAUGCUUUGCCCAUCUCUGGGCGCGUAUAGUAUUUUGCAUCUACCCACUCAAAGGCCAGUGUGGUGUGAUGGUCAUAUUGGAGAAUCACAGUGAAUUUAGAUUUAAAAAACUCAGGACUAUGCCUUAGUUUUGCAGCUCACUAUUUAACCACGAGCAAGGAACUUGCCCUUCCUGAUCCAUGGCGCCUUCAUCUACCGAGAGGGCGUGAGGCUAAUUGACUACUUGCCCAGUUCACAGAAUUGCUGAGUGCAAUAAUGUACGUGGAAGUACUGUGUGAACCAUACAGCAUGAAAUAAAUAAAUGCUGAUUUAAAAACCUA